AUGGACGCGAAUUCGCUGUACUUUUCAAUGCAUUUGCCUAAUAUUAUUCCGGAUCUCAUGAAUGAGAUCUUAGAAUGCGUUCAAUAUUUACAUGAAUUGAAUCCUCCGGUCAUUGACAGAGAUCUUAAACCCGGCAAUAUAUUAGUUGCUAAGACUGUAAGGAACGGCAGGUUUUUCAAAAUUUGUGACUUUGGUUUGGCUACUGUUCACCAGCACUCGUCAUAUAAGGGAGACCUGGGAUAUCAGGCGCCAGAAGUGGGUCAGGAAGUGGACUAUAACCAUAAGAUAGAUGUCUACAGUCUGGCUAUAAUUGCAGAAAAAGAUAUUUUUGGUAUUAAUUUGGAUGACGAACUUUUAGAAAUGUAUUCAUACAAUGAGAUUGUGAACAAAUGUGUGCUUAAAUUAACACAAGUACUGCAUUCAAUGUCAUAUUAUAACUUUGAUUACCCGGACAUACCCGGCCCUCAUUGGACAGACAGACCCGAGUGUUCACAAUCUGAUAUUGUGAGCUACGGGUGGGGGUGUGGUGGCCACCCGGCUCCGCCAAACGAAAUAUUAGCUUGCUACUUUAAUUUACUGAAGAUCAAUAGCCAACUAUUGCCACCUAAUUGCCGGGGAUAUGAUUGGGAUGACAGGGAAUGA